GAGAAUUUGUAGUCAAUAAUACUCACAAGGUUCAUUCCGAUAUAACCGAUCCUUUCAGAGUGAAAGAUACACCCUCUAUAUUCCACCUAAUGAUAGACAUCAUGUUAUAGGAUACCUCAGGUGCUGCAGUUUACUUAGAUGAUAUUCUAAUCAUAGCAACAAAUUAAAUGCAUUUCGAGAUGAAAUUUGAUCUGAUGCUUUCAUGUUUAGCUGAAUAUAUCUUCCUUUUUCGUGCAUAAAAGUGCAAUAUUUGCAUGUAACGUGUAUGGUUUGUAGGUUUCAUAAACACGAAAGACCACCAAACCCAGCUAAUAUUAAAGGAAUGAAAAUCGUGUUUGGACAAACAGACGUUCCUUUGUUAUGAGAAUUUUCGAGAUUGUGUAGUCACUGUAGAACAUACAUCUCUGGUCUUUACAUGCUUUGAAUUACGGUAUGAGAUCAGUUAUCCUAAACAUCUGCACCAGCAGAUUUGUAGAAGCAAUCGCAUGUAUUCAGAUAUAUAUAUUACCUAUUGACAGCAUAUUAAAUACAACAAUUUCUUUUUAUCCUGUAGCAAUUAAAUAUUAGUAAUCGAAAUGUUCAUAGAUUGUUAUGUUUUGCAACAAUCGAUGAUGGAAACAUUUAUCUUUACGUUUUUAAAAACAUUUUAAGUUAUUCCUUUUUCUUUUAAAAGAACCCGUUACCAACAGACCUUUAUAUGAUUUCCUACACUAGUGGAAGUACUGGUAAGCAUAUAUCUUGUACUGUACUUCAAGUAACUGAAAUAUCGAUAUGCUUGUCAAUUUAAAUGUAUUUUUAACUUUACUGAUUAAAACGCCAGUAUUUCUAAAAAUUCUUUUUCUCGCUUAAACAUCAGUAAGGAAAUCAUGUCCUGUGCAAUCAUAACAAGCUAAUUGACUUGUCUCAAGUAGAUUCCCUUUUUCAAGAAUAUCUAUCCCUAUUGGCAGAUAAAAUGAUAAAUCACUGUAACAUCCUUUUCUGUCCGUAACUGUUUAACCAAUUAACUUUCACUCCAUAGAGUCCAGAAUAAGGUAAGUGCCUGAAUACAAAACAGCCGUCAGAAAAAAGUGUAUAGAAAGCGAGUACAUAAAGUUGGCUGAUUGUUAGAGAAAUAAUCUGGUUAUGCAGGCUACUACCCUUUUGAAAGUGUGGAACUAAUUCAGUGAAAGUUGAUCGUUCUGUCUCUGUACUGACUGAAUUGUUUUAGAAGUCAAUUGAAGAUUUUUAGGUUACUAUUAUUUGAUUAUAGCCGUCUCCGAAGCAUUGCUUAUUUAUUUUGCGACUGCUGAGUGAAUCUCCAUCUACUGAGGCGAUUAAGACGUAUCAAGUAGGCCCAGUCACCACCUAGCUCGACAGAGGUAGUGUCUACGCUUGAGGUAAAUCGGAAGAAAACUAGGAGUGACCAAAUUAAGACAUGAUAUCAAUCCAUAAAGUCAUUGAUACUCAAGCAGUUUUGGUGGGAGGUAAGUUUAGAUAUGUUUACUCUCUAGAGUCGCUUAGAUCCUGAAUUUCAAAACGAUUUUAUACCUUCUAUUCAGCAAAUCCAUUCUUUUCUAAUAUAUUCCUUACACUUAGUGGUUCUCACUAUCACCGAUACUACUACUGUGGUGGACGCUACUCACAGGAUUGUUUGUAAGUAGUAUAUAGCGAAACCUGGCAUCGAAUUUGUAGCAAUUGUCAAAUUGAGUGAAGAGUUUGCGUACAUCGAAAGCGCGGCGUUGUUAGGACACACUGAAAGAUGCAAAUGGACAAUUAAAGACAAUGUGUAUUUAUUAUGUAAAUACUUUGUAAAUUCUCACAACAGUUAUAUAUCCCUCCUACCUACUGCCUACUGCCUUCUAUUUUUGGUGUCGCUGCCAGGAUCAAGAUAAAAGUGCCAUGGCCAGAGCCGUUUGAAACGGAGACAUCGGGAGCUACCUCCUCAGACAGUUUAAGGCGAUAGCAGGACUUGUCGGUGUUUUCUGCUAUCUGAAUUGUCUUCUCAUUUGGUCCUCAAGUGUUCGGUCAACACUGCACUUUAGAUGUACGCAAACUCUUCACUCGGUUUGAAAAUUGUUACAAAUUCGAUGCCACUUUCCCGCUAUAUACUACUUAAAAACAAUCCUGUAAGUAGCGUCCACUACACUUCUAAUAUGAUAUUUUGAUGGUUUCAUCUUGCUAUGCUAUAGCAAUUCGGACCAAGAUAUAUGUGACAGGUCCUACACUCUACAUAACUGACUGAAUCCGUAAAGGAUUUGUAUUUGUUAGGCUUGUUAAGAAAGUUCUUGGUUUUUUAUUAGUUAGCAGACACAAUCAGGGCAAAAUAUUUCAUGUUGUCAGGUAUUCUUGUUGUAUACAAGAAUAAAACACUUAAAAAUCUCACUUUUUGUUGAUGUAGGUUUGCCCAAAGGAGUUCUGAUUAGGCACAAAGAAUUUGCAUCUUCCGUAAUUGCACUUCACGAAUCUUUUGAAUUCAAGAUGAUCAAUUCUAAUUCAGUACAUCUCUCAUAUCUCCCACUGUCACAUAUGAUGGAACAAAUAGCAAUGUCUUCUCAUAUUCUGAUGGGAGCUUGUUCGGGAUUUCUAACAGAAUCUAUUGAUGGUCUACUGGAUGAUGCUUAUCUUUUGAGACCAACUUCACUGGUUGUAGUUCCACGUGUACUUUCUCGUCUGUACACAAAAUAUCAAAGUGCAUUGGGUGAUUCCGUAGUAAAAAAGCAACUUUAUAAUUACAUUGUGAAUAAAAAAUUAGCUGAACAAGAACGUGGAAAAUUUAAUCAUCGAAGCUUUGUAGACACAAUGUUGUUUGGUAAACUUAGAAAGAAAUUUGGCGGACGUGUGUGUUGCGUAGUAUCCGGGAGCGCCCCAUUGUCACCAGAACUCUCAAAGUUUGCACAUGCUGUAUUCAACGUGAUAUGUGCCAGAGGCGAUCACUGCAGCAAAGGUUAUUUCAAGGAUCCGGUAAAAACUGCUGAACUUAUUGAUAGUGAUGGUUGGGUUCAUACUGGGGAUAUUGGUGAAUGGACUGAAGAAGGUUCACUCAAAAUUGUGGACCGUGUAAAGAGUAUAUUCAAAUUAGCUCAAGGUGAAUAUAUUGCACCUGAAAAAAUAGAAAUGGCUUAUCAAACUUGCAAAUUAACAAGUCAAGUAUUUGUGGAUGGUAACAGUCAAAAAAACUACCCAGUUGCGAUAGUAGUUCCAGAUUUUACUGAAUUGCGUUCCGCUCUAAGCAAUAGUAAGGUACUGCAGCAUCAUAAAACACUUUUGGAUUCUGAACUUUGUCGAAAUGAAACUGUCAAUAAAUUCGUUUUGGAGGAAAUGAAUGCUAUAGCGACACUAAAACUGUUGAAGGGUUUUGAAAAGGUCCAGGCAAUUUACUUGACAGACGAGGUGUUUACGAUAGACAAUGGCUUAUUGACUCCAACAAUGAAACUAUCACGUAAUAAAGCUCGAAAUUAUUUUUCAAAAACAAUAAUUAGUUUAUACACAGCAUGA